CCACAGUCAUUUCUUCAUUCAUUCAUUCAUUGGUCAGUGGUCACAAACUGUCAGUUUUUGUUGACGUUCUCUAGUGACAAGUCGUGUCAAAAAACUCAAUUGGUCGAUUGCCGACGAAAGUGUCGUCGAUAGCACACAACUGUCAUAAUCGUUAUCUUCCUUACAAACAGUACUCUAUUACUCACAAAGAAUUUCCUCAGAAAAUGGCUGAUAAAUUGCUGCCCCAAUUAUUUAAGUACGUUGAUCAAAAUGCUGACGCAUUCAAGAAGUUAUUGAAGGAAGCGGUAGCCAUUCCUUCUGUGUCUUGCGACAUCAAAUACCGUGAUGAUUGUGUACGAAUGGUGCACUGGAUGCAGGAUAAACUGAAGGAAGUUGGUGCUAGUACAGAGUUGAGAGAUGUCGGCUUCCAGACCAUUGAUGGGAAAGAGGUUAAACUGCCCCCUGUUCUAGUCGGAGUCCUGGGAAAUGACCCGAAGAAGAACACUAUUUGCAUCUAUGGUCAUUUAGAUGUGCAACCUGCCCUCAAAUCAGAUGGUUGGGACACAGAACCAUUUGAUCUGCAAGAGAGGGAUGGCAAGCUUUUUGGCAGAGGCUCCACUGAUGACAAAGGACCAGUACUCGGUUGGCUUCAUGCCAUUAAUGCUUACAAGGCAGUGGGUGAAGAGUUACCAGUUAACUUGAAGUUUGUCUUUGAAUGCAUGGAAGAAUCUGGUUCGGAGGGCCUUGAUGCCCUCCUCAUAGAACAACUGAAGCCUGAAGGUUUCUUCGACACUGUGGACUAUGUGUGCAUAUCUGACAAUUACUGGCUUGGCACCACUAAGCCGUGCAUCACCUAUGGUUUAAGAGGAAUCAGUUACUAUUUCCUUGAGGUGGAGUGUGCCAAAAUGGACUUGCACAGUGGUGUGUAUGGGGGCACAGUGCAUGAAGCUAUGUCAGAUUUGAUAUAUUUGAUGGACCAGCUUGUUACUAAGGAUGGAAAGAUUCUGGUCACUGAUAUCUACAAAUCUGUUGCUCCCUUGACUGAAAGUGAAAAGAGCUUAUACACUAAUAUCGACUUUGACCCUGAAGCAUACAGGAAUUCCAUUGGAGCACACAAACUAGCUCACAGUGGUGUAAAAGAGCAGUUGCUUAUGCACCGCUGGAGGUACCCUAGUCUAUCUCUGCAUGGUAUUGAAGGAGCUGCUUUCCAACCUGGUGCUAAAACUGUCAUCCCAGGGAAAGUGAUUGGAAAGUUCUCAAUAAGACUUGUUCCCAACCAGGAGCCCGAAGAAGUUGAAAAGCUAGUCUUUGAUUAUGUUCACAAGAAGUGGGCCGAGCGGGAGUCGCCCAACAAGAUGCGUAUCACGGCGCAGAGCGGGCGCGCGUGGACCGAGAACCCGGACCACCCUCACUACCAGGCCGCUGCGAGAGCUACCAAACUUAUUUACCAGACUGACCCAGACAUGUCCCGCGAGGGCGGUUCCAUCCCGGUGACGAUCACGCUGCAGGAGGCGAGCGGGAAGAACGUUCUGCUGCUGCCCAUGGGCGCCGGCGACGACAUGGCGCACUCGCAGAACGAGAAGCUCAACGUGCGCAACUACAUCGAGGGCGUAAAAUUGUUUGCCGCAUACUUAUACGAAGUCAGCAAGUUGUCCAAGUGAUUUUUGCUCAAUAUUUAAUGUGAUUGUAUCUAAGGAACUCUUCACAAUAACUAAUUAAUAAUUAUAUAGCUUUCAUAAAUAAAUAGUACAUUAGAAAUACGGCAUUGGUACAUUCCUACAAUGAAGUACAAUUUUUAUAUUUUUUUGCAUUUAACGCAUAAUACAUUCGUUUUUGUAUAUAGGAAAUAAUCAGUGCCUUAUUUUGAAACUCUCAUAAUAAAUAAAUAAUGUAUUGUAAUCGGAUUUAUAAUUCUAAAUAUCUCAUCAGCAAUAUUGAAAGUUGUGAAUUCAAUUGUUACAUAUAUUUAGAAUUAUUAUAAAUUCAAAAUUCCAUUAACCAUUGCAUUUUGCUGAUUCAUCUUGACCGAUUGUUUCAUAUUUGCAACAAUAUUUCUGUGGAAAAGCUACCUUACCUCAUACGUCGUCGGCACAGCGCAGCGUAUUGCAAUUAUAUUGGCAUAAGAAUACAUUAGUGUCUUAACUCCACCAUUUUUUAUUGUAAUUUAUUUUACAUAUUUACUUUUUAUUCUCAUACAAUAAAUAUGUUUAUC